AUGAGAGAAGUGGCUGCAGAGUCCCCAUCACAACAAACACAAUCGAACCAACAACAACAACAAGAAGAAGAGUAUGAGGUGGAGUUACACCGGAUUCAUAGAGAUACACUGAAGGUUUCCCAAAAACUCACUGCACUGCGUCAGGAACGAGAUGAGCUUGAAACCAUGAAAGAAUGGUGGAGAGCAAAGGCAGAAGAGGAAAUAGAGGAAGAAGAAGAAGAUGAUGAUGAUGAUGAGUUUAGUCAAAACACUGAUGUUGGAUGGGAAGAGACGGAUAAAUGGAGAGACAUACUGCAGAAUGCCCUAGAGGAGGAAGAGUCUAUGGCCCGACAGUCUCUUUACGCUAUGGAAUUAGCCGCAAGAAGGGAGGACUGUGAAUGGGAAUGGUGUGUGCAGUCACACCUCAAAGGAUGUGCAUACACUGGCAGUAACCCACAUCUACAUCAACAACAGAAUCAACAACAACAACCAGAACAGCCGGAACCGUUGCUACUGAGUAUGAAAGAGCAGCGGUGUCGAGAUGCAGUGUUGCGUGAGAUUGAGCGACUCACACGCCUAAAAGCAGCUGUGCGGCACGAGAUGCACGAAAUGCGUCUGCAAGGCAUCACAGGCGAAAAUGCCUUGAGGCAACAAUUAGAAGCAUUGCGAAUAGAGUCUGUUAGACUAGAGCAGCAGCAUCAGACAUACACCGCAUUGGAUGAAUGUGGGGAAACAGCAUUAGAGAAGGAGAAAGUGGUAUGGUGGCGUACAUCUCAGUUGUUGGAAGCGUGUCUACGAGUUGAUGCUCCUUUCAUUCCUGCUGAUAAUGUCACUCCCACCGUUACCGUGACUGACUGGCGAAGUGCUGCACACAACCUGAUGCUGCAGCUGCAACGUGUGAGGCACGAUAUGACUGCUGUGAAGGAUGAAUUGGAAGAACUGCAGCUGAAAUGUACGGACCUGGAGAGGCAGACAGCUGCAGAGGAAGACCGAUUAGAAGCCAUCAUGCUUGAGAAGAAGGCACUCCAAUGGUAUGUUCAUGCUUAUGGGCAAGAUGUCUGA